AUGAUGUUAAAUUUUGUAGGAAAACAUUGCUUUAAAGCAUUGAAAACAAAUAUUGGCAGCGUAAUUUCCAGGAGAUUUACGUCUACUUUGGAUUCGGGAAAACCUUUUACUCCAGAAAUAAAGGAAAAUGAAUUGGAACAAACUAAAGAUGUUAAACAAAAAGAAUCCGUACCCUACUUACGAUUAAGAGAGAUUCAUUCCAUAGACGAAGAAACCAUUGAAAUGAUGAUUACAAAUUAUUCAAUUGUGCGGACCACAGAUAAUACCUUUUUUACACUUGCCCCUGCGGUGAUCAUUAAUUUCAAAGCAUUUGAUUUCUGUAAACAAGCAAAAAAAACAAAAGAGCCCAUCACAACUUAUCGUUUACAAACUGUGGUAUCUAAGAAGAAAGUUAGCAAACUAGCUGUA